AUGGAAGGCAUCACAACGCUGACAGUUGGCCGGGUUUCCGGUCUAAUAGCGUUUGGAAAUUUUGUUCUCACGGCCACGUUCCCACUGCUUCUAGCUAUUGUGCUGGCUCACCGUCUUAGCGAUAAGCUAUCUGCGGCAUCCUGGUCGGUGCUUGCCCGUCAGCUACAUUCGACGUUAUGGCCGAGCAUACUUCAAGCAGACUCUGUUGCUGGAAAACAUGUUUAUUGGAGUGUUUCAACCUUGGCCUAUACCAACAUUGGACUGGCAGUUCUUGGUGUUUUAUCUGGAGUUGUGACGCCUUUAGGACUCGGUGACCAAAUUCGUCCAGCAGAAAAUCGUGAUGUGAACUUCCGCUAUGCGCCUGAUCUCUCUAGUUUUGGCAGGAAUACGAUAGCUCGUCCUGAUAUGCCCUUGUCUCGAGACUGUCUUGUCAGGACCACUCAGUGCCCUGGGGCCAUCGUUCCUGGAGCAGUUAUUAACCAGGGAUCCUGGAACCGAUCUGCAAACCCCGACAUUACUGCCACCACGAGGAUCCCCAAGAAUAUCACGGAGAUGUUUUCAAGCGCCUCCAAGAAAUCAAGCAUAGCGGGGAUACUGGAUAUCCAGUACCGGUUUUGGCUGCCAUAUACUUCUGAAUACUUUGAUGGCCACAAACCGUACCCUAGAGGCCAGUUACUAUCUCUUGAAUCCUUAAUUUCAAGAGACGAUAUAACUUUGGUUGAAGGGCUGAUCGCUGAUAUGCACUCUGGCGGAAUUGGUUUUCGGAACCAUAGCAUGCCUUCUGGAAUGCCUUUUGGCGCUGAGUGGGAUGAAGAUAUUCUAUGGGUUGAACCCGAGAUUUCUUGUGUCAAUACCAACCUCACAUAUGAGCUCACUCUAGCUGAUACCCGAAAUGGAACCUUUUCUCCACCUAUUCGCUCAAUAGAACUCGUAGAUGAAGGCGGCUUUUCCGAUUUGCGACAUGGAGAUCCUUAUAAUGGCUGGCCAAACAUCACUUAUACAUCUCCGGACCCUCAACUUAGGGCAGAUCGAUCAGCUUGGCUUAACAAUUUCCUUGCUGGUAUUACGUACAAUCUUACAGAUGGGGAUACCAGUGUAGUGGGAUAUGGCUUCAAUGUUACUCGCGGACAACGCUACCCCAUUGCUGGUAAAGUACCAUAUUUUGUGACAUCGGAUAUUGAGGCUGAGUCUCUAAGUGGUGCCUGGCUAAAUUUACCCAGCAUCUCAUUCGACAAUAAUGGAACCUUGACUGUGGGCAACCGUACUAUUCAGAGCUCUAGUGAUAAUCUUUAUUGGUGGACCAUUGGACUCUUCACUCAGCUCAAAGGUAGAUGUCUUGGACAGUAUAAUGAUGCCUCCCUCGAAAACGAGUAUAACGUUGAGUGUGGACAAUUUUUCGGAGCGGCAUCGAGAGUAGAUGGAGGAAAUCCACUAUUCAAAGAGGCUGGAUCAAAAUGGAGGAAACCAAUAUACAUUUGUGCCGGUGCCGUCAAGUCUUCAGUGAAAACUGUCUCCUUCGUGAUGAAUGGAACGGCCUCGUUGGAGUCUCUUGCUGUGAAGAAUAUUAAAGACAAGCAGUACUCUAACCCAGACGAUCACCCGCUCUGGGCUUUGGAAGACUGGUGGCACCCAGGGUCUGAAGGCGCCUUCCCAGGUCCACUUUGGGGGAUCGUUGAUGAUUCAUAUAAGGAAACCCCUGGUUAUAACUUUACUCGCGCCCCUUCGUUUUACCUGCCUUUCAGUUAUUACACUCUCACAUUAUCUUCCUUUACCGGACCUCGGGAUAACCUUGCGGGAGUGUCCAUGCCAUAUGGGAUUAUGGGAAAGUUGUUAACCAACGACUUUUUCAGCAAGUUUAAUGACGACUAUAUCUCAUACUCUGGGACAAGCAAUGUUGGCCUUGGGAAUAAGUGGCGUAAUCUAUCAAAGACGCCAGAUGAUGCCUCUAAGCUUCUACGUCUUAUCUGGACAGAUAUCAUGACCAGCAAUACUGUCGGCACCAACAUGAGAGGAAGUGCGUUGUCAGGAGCCAGUGUAACAGGGGAUGGGCCAUUUACUCGAACUGUAAGGGCUUAUGAUCGAAAGGUGACCUACGACCUACGAUUUGCGAUUCCCGCCAUACUCUUCCUUGUUUCCUGGGUGUUGUUCCUCUUUGCAAGUCUCGUUAUGGCAAUGGGCGAUGGGCAUCCAUUUACACGUUUGAAGAAGCUCUUGAAUGAUACGAGUGUUGGACGUGUUGCAGCUAGUUUAGAGUACCCUGAGAGCCGGGCCGUGCAGGAUGCUUUGACUAAAGACUGGCUGGUUGCAGCUGGUCACCUUCCCGUAAGGCUGUCUGGCUCGUCAAAGGUGUCUUCCGACGCGGAAGAGCAGGAAGGAAACGGGAAGACUCCAUCUUCACAUUUACUUCAGCCAAAGCUAGGUGAUACUCCCGAUAAGGGAACAUCCUGA